CCCUCCUCACUCCUCACUCCUCACGCCUCCCGCUCCCCCAUGUGGCCACUCCCGACACUCUAGUUAGUUAACUAUUACUACUGAAUUCAUGGAUUUGGAUACUGCCCCAAAGCUCAUAUCGCGAUCGUCCUCCGUUCAUUCCCCCGAGUCCCGAAAUACUUGCUCCCAAUCCAAGCUCAGGUCGUAUCGAAUACCGCACCUGGAAGUCCACCCGCUUAACAACAACCACCAUGUUUCUUGAAAACUGCAUCCCACCAAAGGCUAUGUUCGGCCCAUCUCCCAACCGAUCCUGUUGGUGUUACAUUCACUAUAGGGUAUAGUAAAGCCCAUCCUCCCUGAUUUCAUAUGAUUGGAUGGGCACGUGGCUCACGAGAAACCCAAGCAUUCCCCAGCAAAGCAUGCAUGACUGGUAAGGAAUUUCAUCUAAGAGGUAAGACUCAAGAUUCAAGACCUGGUAAUGGGGCAAUGUUCGGUCCCAGCGUUCUGUUCUCCCUCCUGGUCGGUUCACUACCCGUGCCUACGGUGAUGUUUUUGACAUGGAGCUUCAAUCACCUCGUGAACGAAAAACAUUUACAUCUCUGUUCUAUUUCACCAUUUGCUUUCCAAGUACUAGGUAGAACCUGCCCUUAAGUGUAGUCAAGUACUUAUUCUUGCGGGCAGCGACUGCAAAUCAGGCAAACUGACAUAUGACCAUGUACAACUAUAUAGAUCGCACGAGGAUCAGGGCCUGUUACCCCUUUCAGCUAGUAGCAAUUCACUGGGGCAAAGGGUAUCGCCACAAAUCUCACCACCGCAAACUUGCCAUUGCAUCUGGUUUGGCCAUCAUACAACAUCUCAAUUCCCAGCUACAAUUUAUCAACACUCAAACGUCUGGCCCCUCGACCAACUCGUGCGAGGUUCAUUGGCAGAGCGUGCUUUACU